GAUUAUUUCAACAAACGCGUAUCUAUUCAAAUAAAAUCAACUCACCCCGUGACACAAAAUAGGCAUUAAUAUGGAGGUAACAUUGUUGAAAAAUUUCAAUUCUAUUGUAGAAAAUAUUACCAAAGAAAAAGUAGAUAACUUCGAUGUGGUAAUCGCGAAUAAUGAAAAAUCCGAUGAUGGAUUCGUGGGGAAGAUACACUUUGUGACUUUAAAAAGCAAGAAGAACAACCUGAAAUACGAUUUAGUUUUUAAGCAUGCUGUUGUUGAUAAAUCGAACGAAGCAAGCGAUUUUAUAUCAACCUGCUUCUUCAACGAAGUCCACUUUUACCAGAAAAUUUGGCCAGAGUUACGACAUUUCCAGGCUCUUCAUCCAAAAGUCGGUACCAACAAGAACAUUCCUAAAUAUUUCACCAGCUCGUUAGAGGAGGAAAAUAAGAUUGUGGUAUUGGAAAACCUGAAACUUGCAAAUUACGAAUGUCAUCCUGCUAAUAUUCUGCUGGAUUUCCGUACCUACGAAAAUAUUUUUAGAGUUUAUGGUAAAUUUCACGCGAUAUCAUUCGCAUUCAAACAAAAAAACCCGGAAAAAUUCGCGGAAAUCUGCAGACCGUUGAAAUAUAACUGGAACUUCCUAAAUGAAAACGAAACGGUUUUAAAGGAAGUCGUUAAACUAUUCGAGAAAUUAGAGAUGUAUUUGAAAGAGGAAAACGAUGAAAUCUUGUUAAAAUAUCGAAAGUCCUAUCUCGACAAUCGCGUCGCCCUUUUUAAGGACUGUAUCCAAUAUAAAGGAACUUCAAUUAUUCUACACGGUGAUUGUUGGAGCAAUAACAUAAUGUUUAAAUAUAACCGAGCGCGAGAAAUCGAGGAAAUCAAAUUGAUCGAUUUUCAAAUGAGCUCCACUGGAUCGCCAGUUCUUGACCUAAGCUACUCCCUCUACUCCGGAGCAGGAAAAGAUACUUUGAAUAAUUUAGAUAAAUUAUUGAAAAUUUACCACAGCACACUCAGCGAAGAGCUUCGAUUGUACGAUUGCGACCCGCAGGAGAUUUACUCAUACGAAACUUUGAUGGAAGAAUGGAAGAAAUUGAGCCGUUUCGGCUUUAUUUUAGGCACCGUAAUUUUCAGCAGCAAAUUCACUGACGUAGCGCAAAAAGUAAAAGUCGAUGAAUUCGUUAAUACCCCGAGCAACGAAAUACUAACUACUUUCAACGAGGAAAAAUUCAAAGAAGUAAUAUUAGAUUUAGUGAGACACAUGCACGAAAAUAAUUUUUUGUAAACUAUUUAAUUGUAAACAGUACGGGUAAGUACGUGAACGUAUAUAAAGCCGUUUGAGUAAGAUAAGGCGCUUUUUACGUAACUGUUUCUCCAUAAAACAAAGUAAAAAGCAGUCGACAACGGAGACCGCAGUAGUAUUUUCGAAUUCAUCUCUCGGAUCGCUCGCUCGCCGCGGCAUUCGUGGAUAUUCCGUGUAUAGAAGACAGUCAACAGUAAAAUGACCAUCCGAGAACGAUCCAGCCCCAAGUUAAAUC